AUGACUAGGUCAUUCGAAGAUAUAAACCAAAUUGGUGUAGGUGGCUUUGCAAAAGUAUAUUCUGCAACAUGGAUUGAUGGUAAAGCAGAAUCUACAUCUCAAGAUGAUUUAAGUUGGAAAAAAAAAGAACCUCAACCUACAAAAGUUGCUUUGAAAAGAUUAAAUAGAUCACAGAAUAUGUCAGCUGAAUAUUUAAAUGAACUUAAAAUCCAUUGGAAUUUUCAUAAAUCAAUUUCUUUUACUUCAUUGAAUUCUUAUGGAAUGACCAAAGAUCCUGUAACUGAAGAAUUUAUGACGAUUUUACGACUAGUUGAUAAAGGAAAUUUGGGAAGUGUCCUUUCACACAAUUUCAAUAAUAAUUUAUGGGAAGAUAAAAUUAAGUAUUUACAAUGGAUAGCAUAUGGUCUUAAUAAAUUACAUGGAUUAGGAUAUUUUCAUAAAGAUUUCCACAGCAUAUGUAAUGGACUCAGACCAGAAUUUGGAAUAGGAACUCCUGAAAUAUAUAAGAAAUUAGUUUAUAAAUGGAAAGAUAUUAAAACAGCAUUUGAAGAAGCUGAUGAAGAAAUACCAUAUAUUUCAACUUCAUAUGAAAAAAAUCCUGAUGCUAUAUACACUAGUAGGUUAUUUACAUUUAAUAUUUUAACAAAACCUGUUAAUUCAUCUAUUAUGACAUCAUAUCUUGAAGAAAAUAAUGAAGAGGCACCAAAUAUUUCUAAUAUUUCUUCUCCUUCUCAACAUAAAAUUCAUAAAUCUCAACAUAAAUUUCGCAACAUAAAAUACAUAAAAUUUAAAAUUUUUCAACAUAAAAUUCAUAAAUCUCAACAUAAAUUUCGCAACAUAAAAUACAUAAAAUUUAAAAUUUUUCAAUAUAAUAAAAUGUCUAAGCCCGUAGAAAAUGACCAACAGCAAAUAGAUUCUCAAACAAUGCGAAGACUUGUGGUGGUUGACGAGCUCUCAGAUGAAUUCUGA